UCGCUAACAAUUUCAGUCAGACAUCACAGGUGUUAAAAUGUGCUGCCGCUGUUGCAGUGUCACUCAGCAAAAAUGCUGGGUUUUCGGUUUAGGAAUUAUGUUCAUAAUUGGAGCAAUUAUCAAUAUUGUUUGGGUACCCAAAUGGGUGGAUAAUAUUGUACUUAAUUCACUGCCCUUGGCGCCAGGUUCUAAGACAUAUGACAAAUGGAGUGUUACGCCAAUACCAGUCUACCUUCAUAUGUAUCUAUUUAAUUGGACUAAUGCGAGAGAAGUACAAAUAUCUGGAGUGAAGCCACAUUUUCAGCAAGUCGGUCCUUACGUGUAUCGUGAGGUCAAAACCAAGGAAGAUAUCGUAUGGCAUGCAAAUAAGACAGUUUCUUUUUACGGUAAACGAGUUUGGUACUAUGAGCCUGAAUUAACGGUUGGUAAACAAGAUGAUUUGAUUACUGCUCCGCAUUUACCAUCUAUAGCUGCCUCUCAUGCUAUCCGCGAUAGAAACAUACUUGUAAAAAUCGCAUUCAAUUUAGCCCUUAAUAAUAAUGGAGGUGCGCUAUAUCAAACCCACACCGCUGGUGAAUGGUUAUUCGAUGGAUUUUAUGAUGAGUUUCUGGAUUUUGCUAUGAAACAAAAUACUUCGGAGACGGAGAAAAUAACAUCAAAUGAAUUCGCUUGGUUCUUAGAUCGCAAUGGUACAAAAGAAUUUGAGGGUCUUUUCACCAUACACACCGGUCAGGAUGAUUUAACACAAAUGGGUGAAAUUAAAUUCUGGAAUGGAAUGAAUCACACAGGUUUCUAUGAAGGUGAAUGUGGACGUUUAAAUGGUAGCACUGCUGAUCUAUUUGUACCAAAUAUUCCAGCAGAUAAAUAUAUCACCAUUUAUAUAACGGAUACUUGCCGUAUACUUAAUCUCGUACCCACUGGUGAGAUGGUCACCAUUAAUGGUAUUGAGGGCAUGAAAUAUGAGACUAAGGCAGAUACUUAUGAUAAUGGACAACUCAAUCCAAAUAUGGAAUGUUAUUGCCCUGCUGACAAAGCUCCGGAUAAUUGUCCUAAAACUGGUGUUACAGAUCUGGGACCAUGUGCCGAUGGUGCACCUAUGUUUUUGUCCCAUCCUAAUUUCAUGCAUGCUGAUCCCAGUUACAAUGACACAGUAUCAGGCUUAUUUUCUGAUUUUGAAAGAGAUAAUUUCUUUAUAAUAAUGGAAAGGAAAUUGGGUGUACCAUUACAAGUAAAUGCAGCAGUUCAAGUUAGUUUGUUGGUACAAAAGGACACCGAUAUCACCAUUUUAAAAAACGUACCAGAGUUUUAUGCGCCGUUAUUUGUUUCGUCCAGCAAAGCCAUUAUCAGUGAAGAUUUGGCUAAGGAACUUAGGUUGGCUUUGAACCUUCCAAGUAUAACACGCUACGUUGGUUAUGGCAUUCUUGGAAUAGGUGUGGUACUCAUUAUUAUAGGCAUAUACCUAAGUUGUGCUAACAAGUGGUAUAGACAUGAACCAAAAAUUGAUAAAGAUAUAUAAUUAAAUUGUUUAAUAUGAUUCUUAAAUAUUAUGAUAUAUAAGUAUCAAAAUAUAUGCAUGUGUGCAAAAAUGUUUCU